GUGACACCCACUUUCCGUGGAGCAAAGUUGUGGCAUGUCUGUUGUGUAGAUUCAGCAAGUCGCAAGAAGUCCCACCCACAGGAAAGCGCCCGUCAUGCCGUGCAGGCUUCAUGUUUCACAAAAGAGGAAGCCGUCUGAAGAACACAACCGAACUUGCGAUGACAAUGCGGCACUUCUUUCUCCUCCUGCUUCCUUGUAUUAAGGUGUGUGGCGUUCAGGGCGCUUCAGAUUUCAGAAUCUGUGCCUUCAACCUUCAACAUUUUGGGGAAUCCAAAACCAAGAAACAGGAUGUCAUGCAGAUGUAUGCUAAGAUCAUAACGCGGUGCGAUGUGAGUCUGCUUCAGGAAGUGAGAGACAACAAAGAAAAAGCUUUGCCCCAGUUGCUCGAGCAUAUUAACAACUAUGACCGUAGUCAUACGUAUAAAGCCGUGGCGAGUGAGAGGUUGGGCCGAUCUGAAACAUACCAGGAGCAGUAUGUGUUUGUCUACAGGGCUGAUACAGUGUCAGUGACGGGCCAGUAUCAGUACCCUGACAGUAGGCCAGGAGAUGUUGAUGCCUUCUCCAGAGAGCCGUUUGUGGUCCGCUUCAAAGCUCCCAAGACAGCGAUCAAGGAGUUUGUCCUCAUCCCGCAACACACCAGUCCGGCUAACGUCUCAAGGGAGCUUGAUGCACUUUAUGAUGUUCUGCAACAUGUGAGGAGGAUGUGGAAAACUGAGAAUAUAAUGCUUCUUGGGGACUUCAAUGCCGAUUGUGCCUACCUUUCCAAGAGGAGUCGCGGGAAAUUACGCUUGUUCCAAGACAAGAGUCUGUCGUGGUUGAUGCCGGAGAAGACUGACACCACCGUUCGAGAGAGCACAUCCUGCGCCUAUGACAGAAUGGUUGUGCACGGUGAAGCGUUUGCCAAGGCGGUUGUACCCUUUUCGGCAAAGCCAUUUAACUUUCAAAUGGAAUAUCGUCUCUCAGAAGAAGAGGCACUCAAGGUGAGUGACCAUUACCCCAUUGAAGUCCUCCUGAAGAAUUGCGCAUCAACAGUGUCCUUUAGCAUCUUCAUUAUCUCACUUCUUCUAUUCAUCAGCAGGUAAAUCAAUCCUAGUUGGUUUCUGGUAAAACACGGUAAACCGUCUGACCUCACAGAAAUUCUUGAUUUCUUGCUAUGACGUCAAUGCCGGAAGUGUGAGCUUUUUUUUUUGUCUUCUUAUUUACCAAGCAGGAUUGGGAACUUUCAGACUUUAAUAGUGUGACACUGUCUUUUUACAGCAGUCAAAACAAGGCUCAUGGUAAUAUGGUAUGAGCAGUGUUAUUUAUAAGUUUCUUAAAAUAUGUAUGGAGUAAAAUCAUAGAAUUUAUAUGAUGUAUUGUAAUCACAUUACUCAUGAAAUGUACACUAAUUGCUUUUUUAUUCAAAAUGUUUUUUAAUCCAGUAGUUAAAUGUAAAGCUUAAGAUGUGCGUUAUGCACCGGUUGUCUUUCACAUUGGAAGGAUUCACUUUAAAGCAAUGUUUGCUUUGUGUUUGUAUAUCCAUACACUAUAUCCAUAGAAAUCAAUAAACAAGAUUGCUUAUAAAUGUU